AAGUAAUUUUUUUCUUUGAUUAUUAGUAUAGUAAAUAAUUACUUUAUACAAAAGACAUUUCAGCGAUCUUUGCUGUUAUAUAUACAAAAACAGUUGCAUACAUUUAGUUGGAAAAAUGGAGAGGGAGUCUUCUGAAGAUCAAAAGAGAGUCUUAGCAACUUUUGUAGAUGAAGCAAAUGAGAAACUUGGUGCUCCUUUUGAUUUACCCAUCGAUAUCAACUCUGAAAAACUUCAGCAGAUUUGUAAUGCUUUGUUAUCAAAUGAGGAAACGGUACCUUACACAUUUUUUAUAAAUGAGAAAGAAGUCACCGAUACAUUGGGUGCUAUUUUAGAAAAAGAAAAGGUAGAAACUGAGAAGGUUGUUGAAAUAUUGUAUCAGCCACAAGCAGUAUUUAAAGUUCGAGCUGUAACACGGUGCACAAGUACUUUACCUGGUCAUGCAGAAGCAGUUAUCUCAGUUGCUUUCAGUCCUGAUGGAAGACAUUUGGCAAGUGGUUCUGGCGAUACGACUGUUCGAUUUUGGGAUAUUAACACAGAGACUCCCCACUUUUCGUGCAAAGGCCAUCGACACUGGAUAUUAGCAAUAUCGUGGUCUCCGGAUGGAAAGAAACUGGCUUCUGGAUGCAAAAACGCGGAGAUUCGAAUAUGGGAUCCGGAGACUGGUAACCAGCUAGGCAAACCACUGACUGGUCACAAACAAUGGAUAACUUGGUUGACAUGGGAACCACUUCAUAGAAACAUUGAGUGUCGACGACUGGCUAGUGCUUCCAAGGAUGGCACCAUCCGAAUUUGGGAUGUUAUACUAGGAAAGACAUUGAUAACAUUAUCAAGUCACCUUCAGUCAGUUCCUUGUAUUCGUUGGGGUGGAGAGGGUUUGAUCUAUUCUGCAUCACAAGAUAGGACGAUAAAAGUAUGGCGGGAUGAGGAUGGCGUGUUGUGCCGCACGUUGCAAGGACAUGGUCACUGGGUCAACACAAUGGCACUUAAUACUGACUACGCAAUAAGAACUGGAGCUUUUGAGCCAGCAAAGAAAGAUUUGAACAUUAAAUCUGUUGACCAAAAAGAAGAAGCAUUAAGCAGAUACAACAAUGCGAAAGGAAAUAAGCCAGAGUUUCUUGUAUCUGGUUCAGAUGACUUUACAUUGUUUCUAUGGCAACCAUCCGAAUCAAAAAAGCACGUCGCAAGAAUGACGGGUCACCAAGCUUUGAUUAAUGAUGUACAGUUUUCGCCGAAUGGGCGCCUUAUUGCUAGUGCUUCGUUUGAUAAAUCCAUUAAACUUUGGGAUGGCACAAGCGGAAAGUUUGUUGGAGCUCUACGAGGCCACGUCAAUUCUGUGUAUCAGAUAGCUUGGGCUGCAGAUAGUCGUUUGUUAUGUAGCGGAAGUUCAGAUAGUACUCUGAAGGUUUGGGACGUGAAAGCGAAGAAACUUCUCUGUGAUCUUCCAGGACAUGCUGACGAGGUUUAUGCUGUCGAUUGGAGUCCAGAUGGUGAACGCGUAGCAAGCGGUGGAAAAGACAAAGUGUUGAAACUCUGGAGAACUUGAUAGCAUUUCCGACAUACGACGGUUAAUAAUAGUCGAAAUCAUAAGCGUAAAUGGCGAAAAAGAUGACGUCCUUACAGUCGUGUUCGAAAUUACCGAGAAGCACAAAAAAAAAACGCCACAAGCAAGAGAGAUGAUAAUUAUGACCUGUUAAAUUAAGCGAAUAAAAUCGGAAAAGAACAGUGAUUGAAAGGGGUGAUACAUUUAAUAAAAUAAUUUUGGUUUCGUGAAAAAAUUGUUGGACUUGAAAUUAAACUCUGGGAGACGUAAUUUGUUAUUAUUAUACAAUAUAUCGCGUUUUGAUUUUUUGUCA